AUGUGCCAUGGUGGCAAGAAGUCCAAGGAGCGCAUUAGCAUUCUCUUUUGCUGCAAUAUGGACGGGAGCGAAAAGACCAACCUCUUGGUUUUAGGCAAGUCGAAAAGAUUGCGGUGCAUGCACAACAUGCAUGUUCCCGUGGACUGGGAUUCGAACAAAAGUGCCUGGAUGACCAAGGACAUUUUCAACCAAUGGUUGCUCGACUUUGACAGCAAGAUGCACCAACAACACAGGAAUGUGUUACUUUUCUUCGACAUUUGCUCGAGCCACAUGCACCUUCCUCAGCUACAUGCAACUAAGGUUGAAUACUUCCCACCUAACACAAUGUCAAAGGCGCAGCCUAUUGAUGAAGGCAUUGUGCACUCAGUGAAGUCAAGUGACUGCACAGACCCCUUGCCACUAGAAGGCCAACCAGAUCCCAGUGUCUGGUCGGCUGUCAAGGAUGCCUCUGGGAGCCAGCAGUUCUCCGAUUAUGUAACUGUGGAUGAUGACCUUGUCAGCUCAGAGCAGUUGACAGAUGAAGAAAUUGUUGUCCAAAUUCGCAGUGUGCCAAAUGCAGAUCAGCAGGAUGAAGACGAAAAUGAAGACUGUACCUCAGAGACUGUAACCGAGAAAGUGUCAACUUCUCAGGCCCUUGACUAUAUUAAAGGGCUUAAAAACUAUUUCGCGCAACAGGCCCCAGGUGCAGAUGGUGUGAACACACUUGUGACAAUGGAGGCGCGUAUAGUGUCUAAAGCGGUCCGGCAUACAGUCGAAUCAAAGCUGACAAGCUUUUUUCAAAAGAUCUAA